AAACUUCCUAACGACCGACCGACCAUCACAACAUUUUGAGGAUGUUUCAGCUGCCUCAUUUCCACGGAACACUCCUCAAAGUGGUCCAAACCAGUGGACAACCAUUCACACAUCUCGUAAACGUGCGACCAUAUCGACCCUUGUGAGUGAAGUUAAAGCCAGACAUGCAGAAGUAUGAGAAGCUAGAAAAAAUUGGCGAAGGCACUUAUGGAACUGUAUUCAAGGCCAAAAAUAAAGAAUCUCAAGAGAUCGUGGCCUUGAAGCGGGUUCGUUUGGACGAUGAUGACGAGGGUGUUCCAUCCUCGGCUCUGCGAGAGAUCUGUCUCCUAAAAGAGCUCAAACAUCGGAAUAUCGUGCGACUUCACGACGUGCUCCACUCAGAUCGGAAACUGACCCUGGUUUUUGAGCACUGCGACCAAGAUCUCAAGAAAUACUUUGACUCGCUCAACGGCGAGAUUGACGUGGAAGUGGUCAAAUCGUUCAUGUUUCAGCUCUUGCGAGGGUUGUCGUACUGCCACAGUCGGAAUAUUCUGCAUCGCGAUCUCAAGCCGCAGAAUUUGUUGAUCAACAAAACAGGCGAGCUCAAGUUGGCGGAUUUUGGCUUGGCGCGGGCUUUUGGGAUCCCCGUGCGGUGUUACUCGGCGGAAGUGGUCACAUUAUGGUAUCGGCCUCCGGAUGUCCUGUUUGGGGCCAAAUUGUACACCACGUCUAUCGACAUGUGGUCGGCCGGAUGCAUUUUCGCAGAAUUGGCCAAUGCAGGGCGGCCUUUAUUUCCGGGCAGUGACGUGGACGACCAACUGAAACGGAUUUUCAAGCUCCUGGGAACGCCCGUGGAAGACAAUUGGCCGAGUAUGGGACAACUCCCCGAAUUCAAACAAUUCCCCAUCUACCAUCCCUCCAUGGCCUUCACUCAAGUGGUCCCCAAACUCUCUAGACGCGGCCGGGAUUUGCUCCAGCGCCUGCUCCAAUGUAAUCCCGGUCAACGCCUCUCCGCCGAUGAAUCCAUGGCCCAUCCCUACUUUCAAGACAUGAGUCCCAGUUCGAAAAGUGUUUGAUUCGUGGCGAGUCGUCCGUCAUUUCACGUGCUUGAUCGACCCUGGAUUGAAGAGAUGUCGCUUGAAAUUGAAUGAAAUAACAGUACGAUAGCGCGACGUUUUUCUAUCAAAUGGAGUUCUCCCAAUUGGAACCUGUUAACUUAUCAGAUCGAUCUUUUGUUUGUGAGAAAUAGAUCGAUCACCCAAAUUCUA